UAAAAGGCAGGUUCGAUUCAGAAUUAAAGCCUUUUGUUUACGUGUUUACGUAGAAGCUCACAAAAGACAAGUCGAAAUACGAAUUUAUUUCGACGCCGGUGUAUAAUUGGUAUAUUCAUAUCGUAUUAUUCGAAGAGAUGAGAAAAUAAGCAUAGCUAUACAUCAGCUAACCCGUCUGAUAUGUGAUUGGAUCUCUCCGUGUGUUGGCAAUGCUCGUUUUAUUGCUCUUUUCGACGGUUUUCGUCGAAACGGCACAGAUCACGAAGGACAAGGAAGUGGCCGGGUUCAAUCAAACGAGUCUCAAUUUCAAUCCGCUCACUGCGCUAGUGAAAUGUUCUUUUCUGCCCCUGGAGUUCAUGGACUGCGAUGAUCCGGUCAAUCUGAAAGGCAACCGCACCGCACGCGAGGAACUCGGAUAUGGAUGCGUCAAGUUCGGCGGUGUCUAUUACGAUGAGGUGGAAAUGACGAAGGUGAAAUGCAUGGUGUUUGAGGACAUUACCUGUUUCGGCCCCCGCGAAUUCAUGCGAGAUGGCUUCCCGUGCGUCAAGUACACCGACCACUACUUUGUCACGACGCUACUGUACAGCAUACUGCUCGGUUUUCUCGGGAUGGACCGCUUCUGCCUCGGCCAGACGGGAACUGCCGUCGGGAAGCUGCUCACGCUCGGUGGUAUAGGAAUCUGGUGGAUUGUCGAUAUAGUGCUGCUGAUUACCAACAAUCUACUGCCGGAGGAUGGCAGCAACUGGAAUACGAAAGUAUAGCCGAUCGGUGCGGUUUCCCCUUUGUGACCAGGAGAGGAUUCAGUCAUCACGAAGAAACACUUCCAUGGCUCGCCCCGAUUGGAGGCAAACGAAACGAACAGUUUGUUAAUACAAAAAUAGUAUAUUCUGUUUAUAUUCUUUAGAAGAAAGUCUCUUGAAACGAAAGGAAAAAAUAAAUAAUUGUCUCUAACUGAUCUUCGAUACCCUAUCUAAUCUAGCUGCGGUCAGAAUGAUCUAAAACAAAAACAAUAAAAAAUGUAAAUUAAAACGGAAGCCUACAGCAGUUGAACUGAAAAGAUCGCUAGAAUGUAAGCAAGGAUGGUUGCGCGAUAUUUGAAAUAAACAAAUGCCAAAU